GCUUCGGCACACCGGGGCCUCGAUUCUCAGUGGCACCGACUCGGUUCGCUCGUCGCGGACGGGCAGCCGUGCUGGGGAUGUGGAGCCAGAGGACAUGGGCUACGCACGGCAAGAGCAGAAUCCUGGACCUGCUGCCCUCGAGCGGCCCCCACCGAUGGUACCCAUGCCGGGCGGGGCUUUCCCGGUGCUCGACGCGCCCUG